UCUUAGAGACAACUUCGACACUCCUUUGCUUCUCAUUAGAAAAAAGGGAGAGAUAGUGGAAGUGCUAAGCAUGGCGAGAAAAUGGAAAGGCUAUACAACAACGUUUGAAGGAUCUCGGAAGCUGGUUUUUACCUUAAAAGAGCCAAACUCGUGUAUCUUCAACAACAUUCCUAUUAAGAUUUCUAUUGAAUCAAGAGAUUAUGGUAAUAAUCACCGGAAUUUCACCGUUGCCGGAGACUUCCCGGAUAGAGAUUGCACCAUCCUUGAUUCUCUCGGCAACACAAUUGCAAAAGUGGAAUUGAGAAAAGGAAUAGAGGUUAAAAGCAAGGAUGUGUACAAUGUGAUCAUAAAGGCAGGGGUGGAUCAGGCAUUUGUUAUUGGAGUGAUUGCCAUUCUUGACUACAUAUAUGAUGGAAGCACUAGAUGUUGAUUCAGUCAUUCCAAAUGAAGUGGCAUAUAUAAAGAAAUUUGUUAUAACCUUAUGUAUGUAUGUAUAUAUGUACUGACACAUAAUAUAUACACAUAUACAUAUGUAUCACUUCAUUAUUUAAUCAAGGAAUUUUAAGUUGUAAAUAAAAUUGCUAGAGGUUAAUUAAACCAUUAACCAUAAUUACUAUAAGUGGCAUCCUCUUCAUGAACUACUACAAUCAACAUUACCAAUGUGUUUGUUGGUCCAUACCGUACAAUCAACAUCAGUAACAAUUUAUAUAUUUUUUAUUGUAAUAUAUCCGAUUCAUAAAUUAGUGUGCUCAUUUGAUACA